GUGCCUGAAGGACCAGUUAUUGCCCGUCCCCAACCGCUCAAGAGCUUUCUUGAAUGGACACCGGUCGCUGAAUUUGUUGAAAGCACCGACUGACACAGAGGAGAGCGCGCGGGAUAGGCCUACCCAACUCAGCGCAUGCCGAUACAUCGCACGCCACGGCUCACUCGAUUUGGACUAAUUCAGAGAAAGUGGCUGCAGCUUCAACAACACAAUGCAAAGAACUGUAUCUUGGAAAUAAACACCAACAGGCAGUGACAGUAAACUAAACAAAAAAGGCUAACUGUCUUAGAUAAUUCAACUUAUAUUUAUGGAGUUUCGAGCCAGGGAAAAUGCAUUUUGCUGUUUGUAAUUUGUCAUGCGUAAAAUCAUAAUUCGCUACUCAACCCAUCCCGGGACAGAUUUGGAUACCGCCUGCCUCUUAACAGUGUUAACGGGUCUCCUGCAUGUACUGGAAAAAUGAAGCUCUGUCCCCACACCCAGAGGAGAACAAAGUUUUAUUGGACAAUGUGUUCGUUGAUCAGUCUCACUCCGACGGGGAGCCUCACGAGGAUGUGAAAGUAGAGGCUCCUUUCUUGCCCAGUCCUCCGGUAACACCGUCUAUGUGCUCGCCUCCGACCCUGGCCUCCCCGACGCCGGUUCGGUCUACCGGGAAAAACCAGUGUGCCAGCUGCGGCACAGAGAUCCAAGACAGAUACCUACUGAAGGUGAACAAUUUGAAUUGGCACGUGGGAUGUCUGGAGUGUUCAGUCUGCAGAGUAUCAUUACGUCAGCACAAUAGCUGCUACAUCAAAAACAAAGAAAUCUUUUGCAAAUUGGAUUAUUUCAGUAGGUUUGGCACCAAGUGUAGCCAGUGCGGGCGCCAGGUGUUUGCCACUGACUGGGUACGACGGGCACGGGGCAGUGUGUACCACCUGGCCUGCUUCGCCUGCUACUCCUGUAAGAGGCAGCUGUCCACGGGGGAGGAGUUUGGUCUGGUGGAGGGCAGGGUGCUCUGUCGGACCCACUAUGACACCAUGGUGGAGAACCUCCAGAGAGCGGCGGAGAACGGAACAGGUCUCACUUUAGAGGGAGCCUUGCCCUCUGAUCAGGAUGGCCAACCCAAACCAGCCAAGAGAGCACGCACUUCCUUCAGCGCUGAGCAGCUACAGGUGAUGCAGUCUCAGUUUUACCAAGACAACAACCCUGAUACCCAGACCUUACAGAAGCUGGCAGACAUGACAGGACUGAGCAGACGGGUCAUACAAGUUUGGUUUCAAAACUGCAGAGCAAGGCAUAAAAAGCAUCCUCCCCCCCAGCACAACGGUCACCUCCAGGGCGCCCCUUACCCCCACUCUAGAUUGCCCCCCUCACUGCCAGACAACCUCUACUCCCCCUUCAGCAGUCCUGACAGACCACACCUGCUGUCUCUGCAUGGAUAUAUAGACAGUCAUCCCUUCUCAAUGCUGUCCUCCCCUAACCACCUCAUCCACCCAGGCAUGAGCUUACCACAGUUGCCCAUCAGCCACUAAGUCAUGCCCCUGAGACCACCUUCUCCACAAGCCGUCUCUCUCGCGGACCUUUCCAUCCCAAAUCUCUUGAGAACAGUUCAACAUCUGUCUCUUCUAUUUUACUACACAAGAGGACUUUUACCGUCUCCAUAGUAUGUCAAGGUGUCACAUAUUCAAAUGGAUGGACGGUUUUUAUAAAGGCAGCUAGACUUUAGAUCGUCGUGGGAAAAACAUCCCAGUUCAAUACAAAUGUGGUAAUCAUCAGGACCAGAUUACAUCACCCAUUACUUGACAGGGAAUGAGUUGGAUCUCCAGGACCAGGGUUAGGAACAAGAAGACUCUUCCAACAGAACAUUUCAAUUCAGUCACUGCGGAUUCAGAUUUUUCAUUGUCUUAUUCAUCAACUUAUAGUACUGAAGGUAUUUUAUUUUUCAAUUCCAUUCGUUUUAAAUAUGACUUUUUUCUGUCACUCCGUCUGCUUGUUUUCCUGUAUAAAACCCUCCCAUGCAUGGACUUACAUAUUUCUGUGUAAGGUGAGGAUGAAGACUCUUCUGAUCUUGUGUGUUGAGAGAGAGGCGGUCUUGUGUGUUCUAUUUACUUAUUUCGCUUGUGAAACGGAAAGCUUGUGUCCAUUUAUUUAUUUAUUCAAAAAAGAUACUUCACCAAGAAGCACUUUUAAAACUGCUUUCAAAUGAAAGAAAUCAUUUAUUGUAAAUUGUACAUAUUUUACCGAUGUAAUAAAAUGUGCCUAAAAGAGUGUUGGAAAAAUAGAUCUGUUGAAAAAUAGAUAAUUUCACGUAA